AUGAAGUGUCAAAGAUUCGCCUUGGCGGCCCUUCGCCAGGCCCGCGCACCUGUAUCGCGCGCCCAAGCUCCCUCCGCACAUCGGAGCAACAACAAUGUUGCCGCGACACAUCUUGGCAGCCGACAAUAUGCCCGCCAAUUCAUCUCCAAGCCGGCCCGCAAGGCCUCCGACAGCCCUGGCGAUGCUUCAAAUCCUGCAAUGGCGUUCCCGUGCCUGGACGCCCUGGAGAACCGAUCUGCGACUCUCGAAGCGAGAUACGAGUCGAGUGGCCCUGAGCCCUCUUACACAGCUGGCGCGACGGAAACAUACCACUGCAAAGACCCCCUUUUGCUCGACUGGGGCGGCGUCCUGCCCGAAUACGAUAUCGCAUACGAGUCCUGGGGAAAGAUGAACGCCGACAAGUCGAAUGUUAUACUGCUCCACACCGGCCUGUCGGCAUCAUCACAUGCGCAUUCGACAGAGAGCAACCCGAAGCCUGGCUGGUGGGAGAAGUUCAUUGGUCCGGGGUUGGCCUUGGAUACCGACAAAUACCAUGUUAUUUGCACGAACGUCAUCGGAGGCUGCUACGGGUCAACAGGGCCGAGCAGCAUCGACCCUGCGGAUGGCCAACGGUAUGCGACCAGGUUUCCAAUCCUUACCAUGGAAGACAUGGUGCGCGCACAAUUCCGCCUUCUUGACGGCCUUGGGGUGGAUAAGCUAUAUGCCAGUGUUGGUUCCAGUAUGGGUGGCAUGCAAUCACUGGCUGCUGGCGUUUUGUUCCCCAACCGCGUUGGCAGAAUUGCGUCUAUCAGCGGUUGUGCCAGGAGUCAUCCGUACAGCAUUGCGAUGCGCCACACGCAACGACAAGUGCUAAUGAUGGACCCCAACUGGAAUCGAGGCUUCUAUUACGGCAGAGUGCCGCCACACGCUGGCAUGAAACUGGCGCGAGAGAUUGCGACGGUUACGUACCGUUCAGGCCCGGAAUGGGAGCAGCGUUUCGGUAGACGGAGGGCGGACCCCAGCAAGCCACCAGCGCUUUGCCCCGACUUUUUGAUCGAGACUUACCUGGACCACGCAGGCGAGAAGUUUUGUUUGACGUAUGAUCCCAACAGCCUGCUGUAUGUCAGCAAGGCUAUGGAUUUGUUUGAUCUGGGGCGUGAGAACCAGAUGGCUGCCAGCGCGAGAAGGGCAGAGCGUGAGAAGCUUCUCCAGUUGGGAGUCACGCCUACACGCAAUGAUGCAGCCUGUAGUCUCACUCUGCCUGAGAAGCCGUAUGAGGAGCAGCCCGAAUCCAACGCUGGCGCCUCGGACCAGCCCAUCGAGGUUUCCUCUAGACCGCCUGAAGAUCUCAUCGCAGGUCUGGCAUCUCUGAGAGAUACCCCAGCGCUCGUUAUCGGAGUGGCCAGCGAUAUCCUCUUUCCUGCGUGGCAGCAGAGGGAAGUCGCGGAGGCUCUGAAGCUUGCGGGCAAUAGGAAUGUUGCGCACUACGAAUUGAGUGAAGAGAUGAGUUUCUUUGGCCACGACACGUUUCUGCUGGAUUUGAAGAAUAUCGGUGGAAACCUGAAAAACUUUCUUGGAUGA